AUGGGGCCUGGACGGCUCGCGGGCGGCCGCUCGGCCUGGGCAGUCCAGCCUCGGGAGCGGUGCGGGCAGGAAGAGCGCGCGCCAGCCGGGAUACAAAAGUUGGCAUCGCCUCUCACUUGGUUUUGUCUUUUGGUCCCCUCAAGCAGAGAACAGCCUCCUGCCUCCUCCGUGGAUGAUAAAUACUGUACAAAAAGUCUCGAGAAAACACCGAAGUUCAGUCUAAAACACAGGACUCGUGUCAGCGCCGCGUGGUCCCCAGGGCCUCCGGAACGCGGGCGAGGGACGGUGCCGCCGGGCGGGCGCUCGCUCUCCAUUGUCUGCGCGUUCCCGGGGCGCGGAAACAAACGUCUGUACAAAAGCAAGGCCGCGCCCGGCCCGGAGGCCGCCCGGAGGGCCGCGCGCUCGGCGUCGCCCCAGUGU